GGGUCGGCGACGGACCGCGAGUACGCGAAGCUCAUCUUCCCCGUGCGCCAGAACGGGAACCGGCUCCUGUGCACGCUGCUCCUGGGCAACGUCGCCGUGAACGCGCUGCUGUCGAUCACGCUCGCGGCCGUCGCGAGCUCGAUCGUCGGCUUCCUCAUGUCGACGGCGCUCAUCGUCGUCUUCGGGGAGAUUCUGCCCCAGGCGCUCUGCAGCCGCCACGCGCUCUACAUCGGCGCGUCGACGCUCCCCGUCGUCAAGCUCUUCAUGGUGCUCAUGAGCCCCAUCGCGUUCCCGCUCGCGUGGGCGCUCGACGCGCUCCUGGGCGAGGACGUGGGCACGGUGCACACGAAGCGCGAGAUGCUCCAGUACAUGAAGGUCCACCUGCGCCAGGGCAUCCUGGACGACGAGUCGGGCAACGUCAUGCGCGGCGCGCUCGAGAUGAAGGAGAAGUCGGUGCACGAGGUCAUGACGCCGUUGGAGGACGUCUUCAUGCUGCCCGAGUCGACGACGCUGAGCUUCAAAGUCGUGCGCGAGAUCUUCGAGCAGGGCUUCUCGCGCGUGCCCGUGUUCCGGGGCGAGCGCCAGCACAUCGUGGGCCUGCUCUUCGUCAAGGAUCUGAUCUUCGUCGACCCGGAGGACGAGACGCCGCUCGCGAGCCUCCUGUCCAUCUUCAGCCGCGGGCUCCAGGUCGUCGACGAGACGAACACGUUGGACGACGUCCUGCGCAUCUUCAAGCGGGGCCACGGCCACCUCGCGCUCGUGCGCCGC